AUGGCAUCGGGCUUUUACUUGCUGCACAUGAUCCUGCUUUUGAGCAGCUUCAUUACCCCAACCGCCCACCCAGUUAGGAGCCAGAUGGCGCUUCUUGCCAAUCAAAUUUUGGAUGCAAGAAUACUCAGCAGCAUGAACGGGAGAGUGGAGCUUUCCCAGUUCCUGAGAAUUACCAAUCAGAGCAUUGUCUCGCAGGUCAGUUCUGCUCAGGAUGACAACCGCAAGAACAGGAAGUAUCCCUGCCCGUUGUGCGGGAAGCGCUUCCGCUUCAACAGCAUCCUCUCCCUUCACAUGCGCACUCACACCGGGGAGAAGCCGUUCAAAUGCCCGUACUGCGACCACAGGGCCGCGCAGAAGGGCAACCUGAAGAUACACCUCCGCACGCACAAGCAAGGCAUUCUGGGCAAAGGCCGCGGGAGGAUCAGGGAGGAGAACAGGCUGCUUCAUGAGCUUGAGGAGAGGGCCAUCCUCAGAGACAGGCAGAUGAGAGCUGGGAACGUCGGCCAGCAGCAAACCCCGCCGUCCAGCGCAAACCAGCUCCCAAAGGCCUUUCUGCAGACCGUCCCGACAGAGUCGCAGUUCUCGGACAUCUCCGGCGCAGCAGACCUUCCGCCACGUCCGUCCUCCUCUCCCAAGGUGACGGCCAUCCCAGAGGAAGCCAUCCAACCCCAGAGCGCUGGCUUCCGCUGCUCCUUCUGCAAGGGAAAGUUCCGGAAGCAGCAGGAGCUCGAGCGCCACAUCAGGAUCCUGCACAAGCCCUACAAGUGCACCCUGUGCGAGUUUGCCGCCGCGCAGGAGGAGGAGCUCAUCGGCCACGUCGAAAUGACACACAUAACCGCUGAUUCGGGUCCGGGACAGAAGCUGUCAGCGGGAGCGAGUGACAAGGGGAAGCCCGCCGGUGAAUUCCCUUGCGAGGUGUGCGGCCAGACCUUCAGCCAGGCCUGGUUCCUGAAGGGUCACAUGAGAAAACACAAGGACUCUUUCGAGCACUGCUGUCAGAUCUGUGGUCGUCGCUUCAAGGAGCCCUGGUUUCUCAAGAACCAUAUGAAAGUCCACCUCAACAAGCUGGCUGCUAAGAGUAACAUGCUCUCUGAUCACGACUCCUCUGGUACCAUGAGCAAUCUGCCGCAGGACCACCCAAGCAACCUCUACUCUCAAUACAUCUCCAGAAUCAACAACAGGUUCCAGGCACCCGAGCGAGCAGAUUUACCCACCUAUAACCACAUGAUGGCCAAAGCAGGUGCUGAUAUGAAGGUCAGAGAGGUGUUGGGGAGGAUGAUUUCUUCCGGUCCAAGUCCUCUGACAGAUGCCGAGAGUUCCUUAUUAGCCUUAAAUCAUUUCCACCCUCAGCUAAGCUCCACUAACAUGGACUAUUUGCAGAAAGUCAUCUCCAACCGAGACGCUCUCAGCAACAGUAGCAGUUACGCAGGAUGGCAGAUCAUGCCGCCCGGGCUGCCUAUUGAUCAGCAGAUGUUCAGACCAAAAGACCAGCAGCAGCAGUGCCCGGCCUACUUGCCCGAGAGCGGUGUCCCUGCAGAUGAUGGGAAACCGUGUCCUGGUGACCCGGACACCAAGGCCAUCAGCAGACCUGGGAGUCCGGGCAGCGUGAGUCACCACGGGCUAACGGAGAUGAUCCCAGAGGCGGGGAACUCGGUCAACCAUCAACCAGAAUCUUCUUCGACACCUACAGGUGAGAACAUCUACAGGUGUCCAAUCUCCAGUGACUAUGCGACUGCACAGACAGCUUCCCUCAGCUUUCAUCUGGACCGCUACCACUUCCCCCCCUGGCAGAGCAGCGCAGAUCUUUCCUCCCCUUUGCGGCCCAGUAGCAGCAGCAGCAGCUCCAGCCCCAAUACCAAGCACCGGCCAAGAUCCAGAGAAGACUGGAGUCCCGCUCCGGGGCAGUACCUAGGUCUGGAUGGCCCCACUGAGGAGGUCGUGCUGGCCAGCAAGCAGUCCAAGCCCAACGACAAAGACGCGGACGCCUCUGUGUCCGAUAAAACCCGAAAGUCCCAGUAUGAGCCUUUGGACUUGUCCGUCAGGCCGGAGUCGGCCCCAUCUCAACCAGCUAUGUCCUCUGCCGCGCUGGUGCAGAUGUCUGGCCUUUUCAGUAAUGGGCUCUCGUCCACCAUUAGCCGCCGGCUACAAAGUUACCCGAACGCAGCAGCUGAACUCAGCCUGAAACCGGCGUAUCAGUGUGACCUUUUGGUGCAGGGAACAAAAGACGACAUAAACUCGCUUUCCGCCGGCUCCCUGGGGCACGAUGCCGAGGUUGCAUUUGAGACUUUUGAGAGGGAGGACAAAAAGGAAGAGUCUACAAAGUGGAGGAUGCUAAAGAGCGACGCCCCCGAGUCCAAGGAGCCGGGACAGGCCGGUGCCGAUUUCGAGGGUCCCGGUGGAAAGAGUCAAAGCAAGCUGGGUCAGUGGGGAAGAGCCGUGGCCGAAACUCCCACCUCCUCUUUCGAGAGCCUGACUCCAGGACAGGCAGACUCGCUCCUUCACCAGGGUGCCCUGCUCUCCUUCCUCAGAUCCCAGGGGAACCAGAACAGCCCGCCCGUGAGUGCCCACACAGCCAGCGUGAACGGCGGAGAGAACGUGGAGAAAGACGCUUCAGUUCGGAAGCCAUUCCAGUGCAGGUACUGCCCCUAUAGUGCCUCCCAGAAAGGAAACCUGAAGACCCACGUCCUCUGUGUUCACCGCAAGCCCUUCGACAACAGCCUCUACCCCGACCGCCGCCUACGACGCUCGCACACGCCCCAGGGACCGUCCAGAUUGUCUCUGGGCGCCACAGGAGACAACCCCGCGUCAGGCGUGACGUCGCUGUGCGGGACUUGAUGCUGCCGCGGCGGCCGAAGACACAGACAGACACAUUAACUGUUCUAGCCUCACCUUUCAAAGGGUCAAUGCGAUCGAGACUGUUAUGAAACAUGUUAACAACCAACCUUGAUGUACAUUCCAGUGUUUACUUGAAGAGCCACAGUACGUAUUUAUCUGUAGCAAAAGAAGCUGCCUAUAAUAAUAAAGUCCAUUGUGAUGUGAAAGUGUAGAAGA